UGUAAAUAAUGGAGUGAAUUCUACAUUUUGUAGAUACAGACAAGAUACAGAACGUAAUUGUUUUUCUUAUAGUAGUCUAGCCAUUUUUAGCCUCAGUUGUUGUGUAUUUACUGGCAAACACUGUUGACUUAUACGUUAUUGAAUUGGAAUCUAAACUAACGUGUUGCUUUAACCAAUAUGGACUCAGACAAUCCAGAAAGCAGCUCGAGCCACGGAAAGAGGACACGACCUUUCUUACUUCACCAUCCUAGUGCUAAGAUUGCUCGACUAUCCACACCGUUUAACUCUAUAUUAAGGAAUUCAAAAAGACUUGGUAACAGUACAGCACAAACGAAUCCAGAAGAACUGCCGUAUAACAUCAACGACGUUCCGGAAUAUGGGACACCAGUACCUGAGAAGUGUGUACGAAAGGCCGGCCCGUACUUGCUUGGACCUAAACUCGGACCUAGCCCAGUAAAAAGUAUUGUCCAACUUUUAGCUAGAAAGAAAAAAACAGAUGAUUAUUAUCAGAUAAAGGUAUUGACAUUGAAAGAAGAUGGCCAGCUGGAAACGCAAGAUGAUAGGCAAGGGAAGAUGUUAUUGCAUACUGAGUACUCUCUACUGUCCUUACUAAAGGAUCAAGAAGGAGUUAUUCAUCAUCAUGGUCUUUACAAGGACCACGCUUUGGAGGAGAUACCUAAUCCGUGCGGGACAGGCCUUGUGUAUACAGGUCGUGUCUGUCAGCGGUUGUUUCUUGUCCUUGACUGCGUAUCGGCCCAUCAGUUCAGUGAAAAGGGCAGUGAACUAGUUAAUCUACAACAAUACGUGACGAGAGUUAAAAAAGUUCCAGAAAAAGAAGCAAUACUCAUAUUCUACGACAUAGUUAGAGUAGUCGCCAAUUUGCAUAAAAGGAACAUUGUGCAUAGAGAUCUUAAACUUGGAAAUAUAGUACUGAACCAAAGGACGGGCAGAAUUAUUAUCACAAAUUUUUGCCUUGGAUCACACUUGGGAAGCGACAGGGACUUGUUGAAAGAUCAGAGAGGAUCCCCGGCAUACAUUUCACCUGAUGUGUUGUUGUGCAAGCCUUACCAUGGGAAACCUUCUGAUAUGUGGGCAUUGGGAGUGGUCCUCUACACAAUGCUAUAUGGCCAGUUUCCUUUCUGCGAUACAAGUUUAGCUCAACUCUUCAGUCGCAUCCUAGCUGCUAGCUACAACAUUCCACCGGACGGAAAUUCAGUACAGGUGUCAGACAGCACAAUAUUUCUAAUACAGAGGCUACUAGUGAAGGACCCAAAACACAGACUCUUAGCCGAAGAGGUACUAGAUCAGUUGUCUAGUAUCAUAGCGAGCUACGUGGUUAUACCUAAUCCGCCGGAAGACUUACAAGUCGUCCCCACCAUGAGUUCAGACGAAGAAAACCAAAAAGAAAAUCCGCCAAACACCGGCAAAUCCAAUUCCGAAGUGGAAAGGAAGCCCUUUGCGCAGUUACCCGAGAGGAGCGAUGUUAUACCAAACCCUAAUGUCACCAGUUUGGUAUACUAUCGGGAUGAUCAACCCAUAUUCUGCAUGCCCAUAAACGAUUUCCUCUCCAUGAACGUCCGCGUUCCGUCGAUAAUAACUGAUUUCUCGAGUACCCGGCGCAUAAUGGAUAGAGCGGCAAUAGUAACACCAAGCCAGCUGAGCCGAAUGGACAGGGCGGCCAUAGCUAAUUUAACCGCAAACCAAAACAACCAAAGAGACAGGUCACCUAUAUCAACUCCAAAUGCCAACCAAAAUCACAUUGAGAGGAAUCAUGUUGAGAGGACGACACUCACAUCGUCGAACCAGCGAAGUCAACGCCAGAUUACGGUUCAGAGAGUAGGCAGAGACGCCAGGCCACUGCAGGCUCCAGAAAUUUCUAGAUAUCAGCACAUGUUUGGGCCCAAUCAACAGACUCCGCGUUUGGAGCAGCCAAUACCUCGCCGCCCCGAGGUUCAAAAUUUAGUUCCGGAUUCUCGACCGGAACGCUCAGAGAAUACGAGGCUACGCACGUUAGCGCAGCGGAUACCGCGUCUGAACCCGGUCACAGCGACAACUACAUCGAAUGGUCAGAGCUCCUCGUCUUCUUCGUCGGGUGGAUCUGGCGACUUCAGAGUGAUGCCUUGGUCUGAACGAUCGCGACUGCAAUUUGAUCGGACCCUCGACCAUGACUAUGUACUUCGAAUGCCCAAUCCAGAUGGAUUACGGGCCCCAAACUCAAAUUCCAACAAUAGAGUACCAUCCUCCACGUUGAACGCGGAAUCAAUUAAUCAAAGGCAAAUCGAAGAUAAUGCAGAAGACUCAAAUUAAAUUUUAGGUAAAUAGAAAUACAUAUCAAUGUCUAUCAUAUUACAAAUCAAAUUAACUUUUAAAUCAGUCUUUUAAGUAAAAAAAGCGUAUAUAUAUGUUUUCGUGGCCAAUUAUUUAUUAAGCGGGAAUCCGUGCCCGGUUAAUAAACAAAAUUGUUUUGUUUAUUUUGGCACCUGAGUAUAGUUGGGUGAAUUAGAUAUCUGAUUAGACUACAGACAUAAUAUAAUCAUUUCACUUGUAAAAAGCCGUAAUAUUAUGUAAGUAAAAAGAAAAAGUCCGCCCUUCUAAAUUAAACGAGUAUUUUACUCUUUGCCUCGUAAGAAUUAUGUACGUUAUAUAAGGCGUUGAGGAAAUAGAUAGGUGGGCCCAACGCCUUAAAAUAAUUACAUAUAUAUCUAGCGAUUUAUCCGCUUAUUGUGCCAAAGUUUAAAUGCACCCACAUUGUGAACUUCGUUUUAAAAAAAAAUGUUUUAGAGCAAUAAUUAUGUUGUAAUAGCAGACAUGUACUAUUUUUUGGGUUAUACCUGUAAUUUCGUAACCGCCGAAAAAGGACGGAUGAUAGACAGCCGUUAAUUUUGAAAUGAAACAAUAAUCCGGAUUACCCGGACGAAUUAAAUAGGCAUCUCGAUUCUCGCUGUUAUGCAACCCGUUGUGAGCUGUCAAUAUAAUUAAUAUAAUUAUGUGGGGCUCUACGCCAACGAUGAUUUUUUGGAAGGGUUAUGAUUUCAGUUUCGAAAUUGACGUAUCUUCUAUGGAAGAUACGUCAAAAAUAUGUUUUUUUCUACCGACCUGUCCCUUUCCUUUUCGGCGGAUAAGAAAGUGAUAGGUAUAACUCAAAAUAAAAUUUUAUGGUGUUCCACUUUUAAUCAGGUUCUUACGAAAAUUAUUUAUAUGGCUGCCGUUUUGAUUAUAUGUAUAUACCUCACCAUAGGGAUGCGAUAGGCAUUAUUGUGUCUUUAAUUGUUAUUAAAAAAUAAAAUAUAUUAUACGUGUUUCUAAAUUAAGAUAUAUGUAUUUAAAAAAAUACGAGUCUGAUGUACGCCUGCAUAGGCCCAAAAUAUGCAAUACAUGUCUUUGCAGCUUACUGUCUACGAUAAUAUGUGUGAAACAAUAAUUUAAUUCUAAGAUCUGUAGAUAUAAUAAUACAUACGUGUUUUAGAUAUUCUGAGACAAUCAAGUUGUGUGCAUUUAAAUGUAAGUAGGAUUUCAUAUUCUAAUUGUUAGUAGGUAUGUAGUGACACAGUCAGUAAUUAUUUAUGAAUACUUAAUAUAACUCUACCAACACUGCCUACAAUAAUCAAUCUGUAACACUUUUCGACAAUACAACUAUAGACUUCGCAACAAAAACAAGCCCACUCCAGGGUGUUUCAUUUAUGGCAGAUUCUUUUAAGGUCAAAUUCGAAAUAAGCGUGGGUAUUGUGAAUGCAACAACAGUUAAUAUAGUGAUGUCGGUUUGCUGGCCAUUUACAGUUACAGCGUUUAAAGACAAAGCCUUAAAUAAUGUUGGUUCGAAUAUAGCAUAGGCCCUAGAACAUUGAUUACCUGUUAUUGAAACUAUAAACCGACAAGGAUUAUUUUGGCGCGUGGAGGACAUUAUAGAAACGAGGUAGACCCCAAAAAGAUGAAAAGAUAGAGCGGGGAUUGGUGGCAGUUCGCGGAAAACCGUGUGGGAUGGAAGGAUGGAGAGUCCUUUGCCCAGCAGCGGGACAAUAAAGGCUAAAAUUUAAAUUGAAUUGAUUGAUUGGAUAAUGAUAAACAGGACGCUGGAGCGCCGGUGUCACCAUCUCUAUACGUUACGUUUACCCGUAGGUAAACGUCGUAACGCGGCGUUAGAUCCGAAUAUGACCACGCGCCAAGAUCCUUUCGUGGUAGAAUACAAAGAGACCUCUUCAAAUAUUUACAAAUUAUUUUUAUUGGUUGACUAUGAUGAAUGCGAGGUGCCAACCCACUUUGUGAACCAUUUUGCAUUAUUUUAAAUAGUCAUUCUUUUAUUCUAAAACAGAGUACAGUGUUGAAGUAAAUAUAUAUAGGAGUGGGUUUUAGGCAUCAAUUUUACAACGUGAAUAUGUUAGCAUAAGUGUAUUUGUAAGCAAUAUGUUCUACAAAAUAUACUGAUGUAUAGUAUUAGUAUGACUUGUUAGGCUAGCCGCUGUUGAACGGGGGUGCAAAAACUACCCAUACGACUGAAUGUCCACACGACCAGACCAUGCGGUGCAAAUGAUACGAAAAUGUUAUUCUGAUCAAUGCAGUCCAGAUGUAGCGGUUACGGUAUCUGUAUUUUCUUAAGUAAAUACAAAGUCUGAUGUGUUUUCUCCGUGUUUAUGGACGUGUAGGGUAGAAUUAAUGAAAUUUUCAGCAAUGACUAUCACUUUGGGUACGAAUUAGUACCAAAUUAUCGGGUAUAAUUAAGGAAAUAAUGUUACUUAGUCAUUUUCAUCAAUUACAUUAGAAUAAGUAGAGUGUAAGAUUUAAUCAUUCGAUGAAAUUGGUGAUACACCAAGUAUUAAGGGGAAUGUUAACCUAUGUGUCUAUUUAAUUCUCGGUAUAUCUCGGUCUCCUUCUCGAUGUGAAAGUUUCGAAUCAUAAUCAAUAUUAUUACCUAUAUGAAAGAAUGCCAAACAAAAGCUCAUAAGUAGAUUAUUCGUUGUGUGUAGAUUAAGUAAAUGUUAGCAGUUCUUUUGCCUGAUGCAAACAGUCGUAGAUGUAGGACAGAAAUAUGAUAUUUAUGUUUAUCGUCACUUCCCUGGUAAAACCCGGAAUUGGUUAGUUGUAAUUAUGUUGGAAUUAUUGGCUUUAGUUUGGUUCUUUCUACGAAGCUUCCCCUUCAAUAUUAUUUGUUGUCGAGUGAAAAUAUAGUAUGUAUGUGAUGGACCAAGUUUAAGUAAGUAAAUGGAGUUGUGAAUUGCGGGUCCGUAUUCCGCCAGCGAUGGAAGGUGCUGAAUGAUGUGCCUAGAAUGAUUAUCAUCGGGAUACACAUUCCUUAAGAGAUAUGGUGUAAACGUAUGCAAUUAGCUAUAUGAAAUUGUAUUAUUUAAAGGAAAUAUAAUCCGAAUUUACAAAAAAAGCAAAUAAUGUUUGGAUACGCGUAUUUCGUUACAAAAAUUAUCAUUUUACAAAAUACUCAUUUUUAGGAAAGACGUUCACGUUGUACAGAGCAAGGUAAAAUAUGAGCGCAAGGUAUAAGCUCAGGGUAGAGGUGAUAUAAUUAUAAUUUUCAUUAAUAACAGAUUUUAAUCAGUCGGUUGUCGAGUGCAUUGAUAUAACACGCGUACCCAUGAUAGAAACCAUAUAGAAAUACAAUUCGCUGUCCAUUUUAAAUUAUCUAAAUACUUCUCAUUAGUAAAUGCCACGAUGGAAUUUAUAUUAUCUACUUACUUAAUGACUCUACUGCCUCAUUUGUUAUGUUAGCAGUUAAUUAAGGUGUAUUUUGAAAUCUUUGACUGUGCUACUGCUACUACCGUACGUGUCUAUAAUAUUAUAAUAUGAAUUAUUUUCCUAUUAAUUACUUAAAAUUUUCGUCCAUUUAUUGUACAAUCGGGAUAAACGUGUGAUCCUUUUAUAUCCAAAAUACUUUUAUUUAUUAAGUUUUGUGUUAGAGAACAAACACAUUAACAUUAUUUUUAAGUAGAACAAUUUCGUUAUUUUUUGUUGCAUGCUAAAUUUUGGUAU